GGGGAUAUCUGUACCGUCCUGACAUUUGGGGGAUAUCUGUACCGUCCUGACAUUUGGGGGGAUAUCUGUACUGUCCUGACAUUUGGGGGUAUUUGUACUGUCCUGACAUUUGGGGGGAUUUGUACUGUCCUGACAUUUGGGGGGAUUUGUAUUUUCCUGACAUUUGGGGGGAAUUGUACGGUCCUAACAUUUGGGGGGAUUUGU